AUGAAUGAACACAAUAUAAAUUUAGGAAAUGAAAUAAUUAGAUUAAGUAAAGCAAGAGUUGAUGUAAAACAAGAAGUAUUAUAUAAAUUAAAAAUUAAUUUUCAAUUUAGUUUUUUAAAUAAAUCAAAAGUUUUUUUAGAAGAAGCUUGGAACUAUGUAAAUGAAUUAGAAAAUCCAGAGCAAUUAAUAGAGUUGAAAGAUGCUGCUGAUUUUAAUAGUCAAGCACUAUUGGUAAAUCUAACAAAAGAGAAUCAAAUAUUUAAAAAAAUUAAUGAUGUUAUCGACACAUUAUCAAAACAUCAAAAAACAUUACAACAAAUUAGAUUUUUAAAUACACAGCAAAUUCCAUCACCACCACCAACUGGAACAACAACACCAACAACAACACCAAAUUUAGAAAAUGACCAAAAUGAAAAAUGGAUAAAGGAUUUACUAUUUUCAAUAGUGCAAUUAAAACAAUACUAUAUCGAUUUCAUAUCAACAAUUAUUAAAUACAGUAACGAAUCAGAUUUCAAAGUUGCCUAUUACCUAAUGGAAGAAUUACUACACACUGAUAAAGUUACCAUUACCAGUGACUCGUUUCAACGUCCAUUCUAUAGAAUUAAUAAAUCAAUGGCUUUAAAAAUUUUAAAUUUAAAUCAACAAUUACAACCAAUUCAAAAUAAUAAUAAUGAUUAUGGUGGUAAUUACCAAUCUAGUUUAAGUGAAGAUGAUUUAAUUUAUUCAUUUUCAGUCCCACAAACUCCUUCAAUCUCACUAUCACCCUUUUCAACACCAUCUAUUUCUUCACCAAAUAAUGUAUCACCGCCAUCAACACCAUCCUUUCAAGUUGUUUCACCAACUUUAAUAUCACCACCACCAUCAACUCCAUCAACUCAAUCAACAUCGAAUACAACAAAUUCAUUUUGGAAAACAACCCAACAAAUUCAUUUUAGUUCAUCAAAUUUAAUUUCAUAUAAACAUCAAGUAAUGGUAAAUAAAUUAUUUCAACUAUUGGAUAUACCAUUUUCACCAAGUUCAUUAUUAAUUAUUCAACUAUCACCUAAUCAAUCACCAUAUUAUGUUCAAUCUUUUUGGGGAAUUGAUAAUGGAAAGGAUUUAAUUGUAACAGAGAAUUAUAAUUGUUUAGAUAUGGUUAAUAAAUUUCAAAAUAAUAAUAAUAAUCAAUUUUUAGAUAUUAAUUUAGUAUCAUUCUCUGAGCAAAUAUUAGGUACACUAUUAGUUUGUCCAAAAGAGAGUAAAUUUAAAUCUGUUCAAUCUAAUGAUAUUCUUGGUCAAAAUAGUACUCCUACACAAACAACAGUUGCUUCCAAUACUUCAAAUUCAUUACCACCACUACCUUUAUCACAGCAACAGCAUCAACAAACACCACCAUCACAUCCAUUACCACAACCACCAUCACAUUCUCAUUUUCAUUCUCAUUCUCAUUCAAAUUCACAUUUACAACCAAAUUUACAAUCAUUAUUGCAACAAAGUUCAACACUUUCUUUAAUUGUACCAAGUCCAUUAAAAUCACCAAUUUCAUUUAGACAACAACAACAGAAUCAACAAUUACCAAUAAAAUCACAAACUUUAAUUUCAAUUAAAAAUGAUAGUAUUAACUUUCAAGAAGAUUUUGAAACUAAAAAUAAAGAGAAAGAAAAUAAUAUAUUUUAUAAUUCACCUUUAUUAAAAUUACCACAGAUGCAAAAACCAAUACCAAUAAUAUUUCAAAAGUUUAUUACAAAUAUUAAUGCACAAUUUCUAAUGAUUCAAUGGCUUUCUAAAUUAGAUGAAUUCAAUCAAACUUAUCAACAAUUAGUUUCUAAUAUUAAACAUUUAACAAAUCCUCAUCAAUCUCCAUCAAUAAAUCAAAAUAAUACCAAUACUACCAAUUCAACAUUUACAUCUCAAGAAGAAAUAAAAUUAGCAAAAUCAUCAUCCUUUUCAUCAAUGUCUUCAGUUUCAUCAUCGUCAUCUUCUUCAUUAUCAUAUUCUUUAUCUACACAAAGUGUAUUUAAUAAUAAUAAUAAUAAUAAUGAUGAUCAUUUUUAUUUAAAACUUAACUUACCAAUUAAAGUUAAUAAAAAAAUGGUAGAAGUAAUUCAAAAAAGAUUUCAAUCUAUUCAAGAUCAAUUGAAAAAGAAUAGUUCAACAACUUUUUCAGAUUUAUUUUAUUCAGUUUUUCCAAAUAUUUAUACAAACUAUAGAGAAUUGGUAUUAUGUAAAAAGAAUUCACCAAUGCCAAUGAUAACUAUUACCUUUUCACCAGAUUCUCAAUCAUCACCACCAAAUUCAACACCAUUAACAGCUCAUAUUAAAUCAUCAAGUUUUUCAUCUAAUAUUAAUGGUUAUCCUAUCACCACCAGCACUACUACCUCUGCCACCACCACUACCACACCAAUUAAUUCAUCAUCUUCAAAUACAAAUUCAACAGCAGCAGCAGCAGUAACAAAAACAACUAAUUCACCAAUAUCAUCAAAUUAUAAUAGUAAUUAUCAAUAUAAUAGAACUGAUAGUAAUAGAAGUAAUAGUAGUAAUAAUGGUAUGACAAAAUCUCAUUCAUCUUCAUUUUCAACUGGUUCAAGAUCAAAUUCAAAUUUAACUGAAUUAUUAUUACCAAAUCAAAUUAUAUCAACAAUGGAUAUUGAUAAAUUUAAGAUGGGAGAAAUUGUAUUUCAAAGUAUUUUAGUAAACUUUCAUUUAGAUUCAAAGAAAUUACCAUUGAAUGUUAUAUAUAGUAAAUUGGUCUUACUAGUAUUAAUUAAAGCAACACAUUUCUCACAAUCUAGAUCGAUUAAAGAAAUGUAUAGAUUAAUUUCAAAACAUUUAAAAAAUCAAAACCAAAUUAAUAUAUUCAAUCAAAAGUUUAAACCAAUCUUUAAACAACUUUCAAAUGAUAAUCCACAUCUUCAAUUGAAUUGGAUAUUGUUAAUUGAAGAAUGGUUUCCUGAUGAAUGGGAAAAUCCAAAACAGUUAUUCCCAAGAUCAACAAAUGAAAUUAAAGGUUCAUUCUUUGGUAAAAGAUUAUUAACACCAGCAAUUCAUCAACAUUUGUUUACACCAGAUGGUCAAUUUAUUAAGCGUAAUAAAUAUGGUAAAAAAGAUGUAUCUUGGUAUCCUGAGAAAGAACCAGUUUGGUAUUUUAAAAAGUAUCCUGAAAUUGCAGGUUAUGAAUAUGCAGCAACUGAACUAAUGAGAUCAUUAGGUAUUAAGAAUUUACCAUACUCUGAAUUGAUUUUAUUCUAUGAUCCACAAUUAAAAAAAUCAUAUCCAGUAUUAUUAACUUUAGCUGUACAAGGUAAAUGUAUUUCUGAUAUUUGGUUAUCAUCACAAUCAAAUAUAACAUCAUCAUCAUCAUCAUCAUCAACAUCAACAUCAACAUCAAUACCAAAUUCUAGUCCAACAACAAAUUUUAAUUCACAUUUAAGUGAAAUUAAUGAAAAUUUAUUAGAUAAACAUAAUACUGGUUUAUUGAUAAUUUCUUCAUUACUUUUAUCAGUUGAAGAUGGUAAACCUGAUAAUUUCAUAUUAUCAGAUAAUGGUAAAUAUUUAACACCAAUUGAUAAUGAUCGUUGUUUUAUAGCACCAUCAACAGUUUGUGAAAAAGGAUCAUCAUUCAUCUAUGUAUUAAUGGAACAGAAAAAGAAAUUAGUAAUGAAAUCAAUAUUAUUUAAUCUAUCAAUGAUGAAAGAGAAAGUAGAUGAAUCAGUACAACGAUUCUUUUUAGAUUUAGAUUGUUUUGAAUUCCUUAAAGAAUGGUUAGAGAAUUUAAUCUAUGUUCAUGAUAGAUAUUCAACUCUUUUACCAGAAGAAGAAUUAAAUUCACUCUAUAAUCAAAAUAAUUGUAUAGUUCGUAUAUUUUUUACAACUCAAAUGAUUCAUAAUCUUUAUAAUACAUUAUUAAAUAUUCAAUAUCAUUUUAAAUAUUCAAUAACAAAUAGUUAUUUAGAUUUAAUUUCAAAAUUAUUUGAUCCAUUUGUUUUUAAACAAUAUCAAUUAUCAUUUAAUAUUUGUAAUAAUAAUAAUAAUAAUAAUAAUGAUCAAAAUCAAAAUUAUUUAAAAUCUUCACCCACAAUAUUAUCAUUACAAGAAAGAUAUAAGUCAAUGGUAUUUUAUAAUAAUGGUAUUAAUAAUUUAAAACAAAUUGUAAAUAUGUUAGGAAUUACAAAUCAAGAAUUAUUUGGUGAAGCAGUAAGAGUAAAGAAUGAACCAUCAACGGCUUUAGCAUAUUUAAAGAAAAUGAAUCAACGUAAACAAGAUAUUAAAAAUACAAAUCAAAAGAUUUUAAUGAAUAGUUCACCAAAUUCUAGUCCACCAAAUCAAAGUCCACCAAAUUCAAUUAGUAAUUUAUCAACUUGUUUAAAUUUAUCAAUCCAACAACAAAUAACCUUACCAAAUCAAUUACAUCAACAUCAAUAUCAACAACAACAACUAUAUAAACAAUUACAACAACAACCAUCACCAUCACCAUCACCACAACAACAACAACAAAAUGAAAUGAUUAAUACAAUUGAUGUGUCACAAUUUAAUAAAAAACAAUGUGUAGAAUUUGAAAAGAAAUUUAAAAAUGAAUUUCCAAAUGCAGAGAGUUUUUCAAUUCAUAAUUCAUUAUUUACAGAUUCUUAUAUAAAGAAACUUAGUUUCUCUCAUAUUCAAUUUUUAGAUUUAAGAAAUUCUGAAAAAUUAACACGUGCAUCACUUGGUUAUCUUAUAAAGAUAACACCAGAAUUAAUUUAUUUAAAUAUUAGUGGUUGGAAAUCAUUGAAAAAGUUAAUGUUUACAAGUAAUUCAAAUUUUGAAAUGGGUUUAAUUGAUUUAAAUCAAUUGGUUACUCUAGAGGAUGAAACUCAAAUUCCACCUACAAAACUUAAUAAAUUGGUUGUCAAUGAUUGUUGUAAUUUAGAGAUUAUCGAUUUCUAUUGUUCAAUGCCUCAAUUAAAAACUUUAGAUUGUUAUAGAAAUAAUAAAUUGGAAAAAGUUCGUUUAAAUUAUAAUGUAAAAUUAAAUACUGAUAUUGAUGAUUCAAAAAUUUUAAAAAGACCUUUAAAUUUUAUAAUUUUAGGUGAUAAAAAUGUUGGUAAAACAUCAGUUAUAAAAUUAUUUAAAUAUAAAAGUAGUAUAAAAUUAAUGCUUCCAAAUUUUUAUGAAUCAACUUUUGAAAAUCCAAUUCCAGUUGAAAUUUUAAAUAUAAUUGAAUCAAAAAUUAAAUCAAAUUGUUUCUGUGGAUUUAAUAUUAUUUUAGUUUAUGAUUGUUUUUCAGAAGAAAGUCUUGUUAAAUGUAAAAAAUGGUUAUAUAAUUUUAAAAAGAUUGUUGAUCCAUGUGAUUAUAUUAGAAUCACUUUAAUUGGUAAUAAAUAUGAUUUAUUAUCAAUUAAAGUUAAUGAUAAUGAUGUUAAUUCUUUUUCUAGGGAAUUUAAUAUUAAAACAUUUAAAAUUUCAACAAAACAAAAUAAUUAUGGUGAAUUAAAUAUAAUUGGAAAUCAUUUAUUUGAACGUUGUAGUCAAGAUUGUAGAAUUAUUAGCAAAUAA